UUUCUUUUUCUACAACAUUAUUAUCAUGUCCUCACUCAACAACACUCACAAACAACACAACCACUCUCUAUCCUGCUGCUACUAACUCAUUUCACCAAUCCUUCAUUACUAACCGUGCGCCUCUCUCUCUCUCUCUCAAAUGCUUUCUCCACCAUUUCACCCCUCGGCAACUCUUCCUCGCCGGUGAAUAAUACUCAAACAAUGCAAGACACUCUUCCACACCACCAACACAUUAACAUCAACUUUCACUCCAAAAACAACAAAUCACAACAACACAAACACACUUCCGUUACGCCUCUCCCUAACGGUGACAUCUACACCGGAGCCUUAUUAGGAAACAAACCUCACGGCACCGGGAAAUACCUCUGGUCAGACGGUUGUAUGUACGAAGGUCAGUGGCGAAAAGGAAAAGCCUCCGGUAAAGGAAGAUUCUCGUGGCCGUCGGGAGCUACCUACGAGGGUGACUUCAAGUCAGGUCGAAUGGAAGGAUUCGGGUCAUUCAUUGGAGUAGACGGGGAUGUUUACAGAGGGACCUGGUUCGCUGAUCGGAAGAAUGGAUUCGGCGAGAAACGUUAUGGUAAUGGUGAUGUCUAUGAGGGAUGGUGGAGGUGCAACUUGCAAGACGGUGAAGGGAGGUAUGUUUGGAAAAACGGGAAUGAGUAUGUUGGAGAGUGGAAGAAUGGUGCUAUAUGGGGGAAAGGUGUUUUGGUUUGGGCGAAUGGGAACCGUUAUGAAGGGUUUUGGGAGAACGGUGUUCCAAAGGGGAAUGGAGUUUUUACUUGGUGUGGUGAGAGUUUUGGGAAUGAAGAGAAACAGUGUGAGAUGAUGAUGGCGAGAAAGAGAUCUUCGGUGGAUGGUGGUUCGAAGGGUGUUGGUUUUCCUAGGAUUUGUAUUUGGGAACUUGAUGGUGAAGCCGGUGAUAUCACUUGUGAGAUUGUUGAUAAUGUGGAGGCUUCUGUGUUUUACAAAGAUGGUAGUGAAUCUGAAAACAGUGGAGAAAGUUAUGGUGGUGGUGUGAUGGAGAAGAGUCCUUGUUGGUCUCUUGAUGGUGAUGUUAAGAAGCCUGGUCAAACUGUGUCUAAGGGACAUAAGAGUUAUGAUCUUAUGAUUAGUCUACAAUUGGGUAUUAGAUAUACUGUUGGCAAGUAUGCUCCUGUUGUGAGAGAACUUAGAGUAGGAGAUUUUGAUCCUAAGGAGAAGUUCUGGACUAGAUUGCCACAAGAAGGAUCUAAGUUUGCAGCACCUCAACAUCAAUCAAUGGACUUCAGGUGGAAAGACUAUUGCCCCAUGGUGUUCAGACAUCUAAGGGAAUUAUUUGCCAUAGAUCCUGUGGACUACACACUUGCUAUUUGUGGAAGUGACUCACUCAGAGAGAUGUCUUCUCCGGGAAAAAGUGGAAGUAUCUUUUACCUCACUCAAGAUGACCGUUUCAUAAUCAAGACUGUGAAGAAAUCUGAAGUCAAGGUGCUUACCAGAAUGCUUCCAAGUUAUUAUCAACAUGUUUGUAAGUACAAGAACACUUUGGUUACAGCAUUUUUAGGGGCACAUUGUAUCAAACCUGUUGGAGGUCAAAAGAUUCGGUUUAUUGUGAUGGGAAACGUGUUCUGUUCGGAGUAUCGAAUCCACAAAAGGUUUGAUCUCAAAGGCUCUUCUCAUGGUCGAAUCACGGAUAAACCUCAGGAGCAGAUUGACGAGACUACCACUCUCAAAGACCUUGAUCUUAAUUUUGUUUUUCGCCUAGAGCAGUCUUGGUUUCAAGAGCUAAAAUGGCAACUUGACAGAGACUGUGAGUUUCUGGAAGCUGAGGGAAUCAUGGAUUAUAGUCUUUUGAUUGGCCUUCAUUUCCGCGAUGAUCACUCAGUUGAUGAAACGGAAAGUUCACCGCGUGAUAUUCUGUCAGCAGGCAAGAGGGACAUGCAUGAUGAUGAUACGCACAUACCCCGUGGACCUUUAAUCCGGCUCGGAAUGAACAUGCCUGCCAGAGCUGUGAGAGUGUGUAAUGGAAAAAGCAACAAUUCUACUCCUUCCUCAGAGAGUAGUAGUGAGAUCUCUGAUAUAAUCCUUUACUUUGGUAUCAUUGACAUUCUUCAAGACUAUGAUAUUAGCAAAAGGAUAGAACAUGCGUACAAAUCACUACAAGUUGAUCCUAUUUCCAUCUCAGCCGUUGAUCCUAAGCUAUACUCCAAAAGAUUUAGAGAUUUCAUACACAGAAUCUUUGUUGAAGACACAUGACACAUGUUUGGACAGAACUGAACUUGACCAAUUCAAUGACAUGCUUAUGCAUCAAGAAAAUUGGCAUCAAAUUAUUAAAUCCAUGAGAUUAGUAUAUAGUUGAUGGCUAAAUUUUUCUUAUAGCCAUUUCAAGUAUUAUAAUGAGUGGGGGUGGAAAAAAUGAGACAACACUUAUGUCAAUGUUUUUUUCCUUUUGUAGUGGGGAGUGGCUGGCACAAUAGCUUAUGCAUAUAAAAGUCACAUGACAUGUGAUUAGUUUUUUAAUUUUUUAAAAAUGGCUUAUCUUGUGUAUAUGAAUCAAUUGUGGGGUGUGGAGAAAAGGGUAUAGAGGAUGGAAUGAAGAUUCAAAUUGAUUAGGGAUAUUAAUGUAGAGAGAUAUUGGAUUUUGAUAGUGGAAUGAAAUUGAAUUGAACAUGUUUUUUUUGGAGAAAUUUGAAAAACAAGAAAGUGAAAGUUGACAUAGGGGACCCAAGUUUGUCUCUCUAUAUCUCUCUAAUGUGCUUUUCAAACUUCUUUUAUUUUUUUCUUCCACUUUUGCAGUGAGUAUAUAAGCCAUAAAAAGAAGAGAAAGGCACAAAAAUAAAAGAAAGAGGUAGUGUUUGGUUGUUUUAUUUGUUUAUUUUUGUCUCUCCUUUGUCAUUGUACACACCAUGACACCAAGUUUGAACAAGUAGUAUACUCACUUCCCACCCUUACUAUUUUAUGUACCUUUUGUGUUUUUGAACAAUGGUAAGACCAAGAAGCGAAUAAAACGACAAAGCUAACACGUCAAUGUGGACCUAAAAUGUGGUCCAAUGUAGCAUCUUUUGAUAGGUAUUUAUGCAUGUUAUGUCUUAGCAUUUUAAUAUUAAGAAAAAUGAUGGAACUUGUUUGAGAAGUCUCACCUUCAUUGAUCAACUAGCACUUACGAACAUAUUCUAUGAGGUUUAUUUAUAUCUAACUUAAAUUUUAUACGGCAUUAGUCAAUUCUAGAUAUUUUUGGACUCGUCGGAUUCUGCAUU